CUUUCCUCUCCCACGUUGUCGCGAUCAUUUCUUCCAUCCCUCAUUGUUGCUAUGCUUUCAAUUUCUAUGCCAUCGAUUCUCGAUCCUAUUUAUAUUUCUGGCGAUCGAUUAGUAUAUGCGUUUCGCUGUUUGUUUGUUUCCUCCCCACUCGGAUCUUCUCUCACCAAUCGUCACGACCUUUAAUGUCUUGGGUUUCAUAUUUACCAGUCCCGAUGUCGUUUCCGUUGUGCUACGUUUCAUCUUCUCUUUGUGUCUGUCAUCAGCUCUAUAUCACUAUCUUUUUUUUUUUGGCCUAUGUCCCAUAUCUAUUACGCUCUAGCUCGUUGUACAUCCGUCUCUAUCGUUGAAUUGAAUUAACAUUAGAUCAAACAUCACCGACAGGUGUAUUCACGAACCUGGGAUAGACCAUUAAUAACAAGCCCACUGGUAAAGAUAUACGGACCACAUAAUCUUCGUUCCAGCA